CUUACUCUUUCUAAGUUGGGUGAAUCAUGGCUAUGCGCUAACACACCCUUUUCCAUCAUUUAAUUCUGUUAUUCUCGUCAUCAACAGCCUUAUGUGAGCAACAGUGAGCCUGUUAUCUUGAACUGCUUUGACAUCCAAGACCCAUUCACCCACAAGCUUGUACUAUUCAAACUACAAGGUUGCUUUUUUUGAGAAAAAUUCCAACUGGCAGCAUCGAUCAUGAAUCAUAUCAUCUAGAAACGUUUCCUGUUUCUCUUGCCUCGGUAUCUCAUACUGGAUCACCUCUAAUUCCAGCUUUCGAGCGCAACCACCAAAAGUCGAACUCUAGUCCACGAAACAAAGGUACCAGGGGUCACGUCAUAAUUUGGGCUAGGUCCCACCAUGCCACUCGUGCCCAAGCAGCCUUAUCUACCUGUGAGCCCAGGGGUGCUCCUUGCGUUCAUACAACUAGAUUGCCAAAGAUUUGCUCUUUGUCGCAAUGGACGGUCCUGAUAAAUGCGACGGAGAUGCGCAGGUUUUAUCCGCAGGCGCAAAUGAUUCGACAGCACAGCACGACCUGGAGGCCGCUAAGAAAGAUUUCGAUAUCCCACCAGCGACUGCCCUAGAGCUCUUGUACCUCAACAUCGAGAUGCUUGUCAAAUCAGCUGAGAGACAAUGUUUACCCGUUGACAGGAACUCGGUGGGCGUGUCUGGGGCUCGGCGUGAUAGCAUCUCCAGCGGAGAAGUCACUCCAAUAAGGGUCACCGAGUUGCACUGCUCUCCGGCAGGUUAUGUUGGGGCCGGUCAUGAUUUUGUUCAGCAGAGCGUCCUGUCCAAAAGGUUCGUCUCAAAGCGCGAACCACCGAUCAACAUGAAGGACUAUCUGCAACGGCUGCACCGAUACUGCCCGAUGUCGACAGCUGUGUACCUAGCUGCUAGCGUGUACAUUACUAGAAUGGUCGUGGUUGAAAAGGUCGUAUCAUUGAAUUCGAGGAACAUGCACCGCCUAGUGUUGGCUAGUCUCCGCGUGGCCAUGAAAUCCCUGGAAGAUCUCAGCUACCCCCACCAUCGUGUAGCCAGAGUCGGUGGGGUGAGUGAGGGCGAACUGUCGAAGCUCGAGAUCAGCUUCUGUUUCCUUGCAGAUUUCGAGCUGCGAGUUGAUCUCCAAAUGCUCGUCGACCAGGUCAAGUACCUUGAGCGGUCCACAGGCAUUGAGGGGGGUUGUUCCUGAUUAUUAUCGCCAUACUUCUUGAUUAAGCCAUAGCUAUGGGCUCGUUAAACCCCUCCAGUGGCAGAGAGGGAACAUACCAGCCCCCGAGCGUGUCAAAUCCUACACCAUUGACGGCGAUCCUAUGGGCGAUGUCUUCAAUCUAAGCUACAUCCGACGGGAUUCUUUUGCAUUGAGGCCUGGGCCCAAUCAUGAUUGAGAUGCACCGAUCUCCUGCCCUUCUAUGUCGAAAGUUGUCCUCACCCUCUCCCUGUUUUCUGUUCCCCCUUUUUAUGUAGGAGGAAGGGAAGGGGCUCUUUGUGGUGGCUGGACCAGGCUGGGGGCUUCUUGGAAUAACCCACGACAUUACUUUUUUGGGCACUUAAGCAUUUUUGAGUUUCAAUGCGUUGGCCAUUCAUCUGGUGAACAAGAGAGAGCCUGCAUACUCAUGUUCCACAGGAUUGUUCAAGUUGGUCUCUUGAAUAGUAACCAUUCUCUGUUCGAAUGCUGAAUCAGCGGGUGGCAUCC